AUGUCCAGAGAGGCAGAGAGUCAGCGCCACGUCCAGAGAGGCAGACAGUCAGCACCACGUCCAGAGAGGCAGAUAGUCAGCAUCAUCUCCACAGAGGCAGAGAGACAGCGCCAUGUCCAGACAGGCAGAGAGUCAGCGCAACAUACAGAGAGACAGUCAGCGUCACAUCCAGAGAGACAGAGAAUCAGCGCCACAUCCAGAGCCAGAGAGUCAGCGCCACAUCCAGAGCCAGAGAGUCAGCACCACAUCCAGAGAGACAGAGCGUCAGCACCACAUCCAGAGAGGCAGAGAGUCAGCGCCACGUCCAGAGAGGCAGAGAGUCAGCUCCACGUCCAGAGAGACAGUCAGCGCCACGUCCAGAGAGACAGUCAGCUCCACGUUCAGAGAGAUAGUCAGCGCCAUGUCCAGAGAGGUAGAGAGUCAGCGCCACACCCAGAGAGACAGUUAGCGCCAUGUCCAGAGAUGCAGACAGGCAGCGUCAUGUCCAGAGAGGCAGAAAGUCAGUGCCACGUCCAGAGAGGCAGAGAGUCAUUGCCACAUCCAGAGAGACAGUUAGCACCAUGUCUAGAGAGGCAGAGAGGCAACGCCAUGUUCAGAGAGGCAGAGAAACUGUCUCUGCACUUUAUGUGA